AUGCCGGCCGGGCACUCCUGGCCCGAGGCGGCGGCGCUGGUGCUGCUGGCCCUGGCUCUGCUGAUCACCCUGUGCCGGCACCUGUGGGCGCUGCGCUGGAGCCUCAGCCGGGACCGCGCCAGCGCCUUGCCCUUGCCCAAGGGCUCCAUGGGCUGGCCUUUCUUCGGGGAGACUCUGCACUGGCUGCUCCAGGGCUCCCGCUUCCACAGCUCUCGGCGGGAGCGGUACGGAAAUGUCUUCAAGACCCACCUCCUGGGCCGGCCUGUGGUGCGGGUGACAGGCGCUGAGAACAUCCGCAAGAUCCUGCUGGGUGAGCACACGUUGGUCAGCGCACAGUGGCCCCAAAGCACCCAUAUCAUCCUGGGCUCCCACACUCUGCUCAGCUCCACGGGUGACCUGCACCGCCAGCGCCGCAAGAUCCUGGCCAGAGUGUUCAGCCGUGCCGCCCUGGAGAGCUACCUGCCGCGGAUCCAGAAGGUUGUGAGCUGGGAGCUGCGGGGCUGGUGCAUGGAGCCAGGCUCUAUCGCAGUUUAUUCCUCCGCUAAAACCUUAACUUUCCGCAUUGCAGCUCGGAUUCUGCUGGGGCUCCGCCUGGAGGAAAAGCAGUUCAAGGAUCUGGCCAAAACUUUUGAGCAGCUGGUGGAGAACCUCUUCUCCCUGCCCCUGAACAUACCCUUCAGUGGGCUGCGCAAGGGAAUCAAAGCACGGGACAUACUACAUAAGUUUAUGGAGAAGGCUAUACAGGAAAAACUGCAGAGAAACAACCCAGAAGACCACAGCGAUGCUCUGGAUUUCAUAAUGAACAGUGCCAAGGAGCAUGGCAAAGAAUUUACCAUGCAGGAGCUAAAGGAAUCAGCAAUUGAGCUCAUAUUUGCUGCUUUUUUCACCACGGCUAGUGCUAGCACCUCUCUGAUCCUCCUGCUAUUGAAGCACCCCUCAGUGAUUGAAAAAAUAAGGCAGGAGCUGAUGUCCCAUGAGUGGUACCAGCAGAGUGAGUGCUGCCCUGCAGGACCCUGCCUGGACACCCUGACCAUCCAGAGCAGGGACAGAGAGAAACCACAUUCCCGCCCCAUGGCCAACGACAUUCACAAGGAGCAGAGCCAGCCCCCAGCCCCAGUGGAGGAAGAUUCCCUCCAGCCCAGUGCCGUGCUGGAGCCCGCUGUGCCCCGGAGCAGCCCCUGCCCCGGCCCCCAGCUCCCGGCACCGCCGGGGCAAAGCUGUCACUGCCCCGCAGACAUCAGCCUGGAGAAGCUGAGCCGCCUGCGCUACCUGGACUGUGUGAUUAAGGAGGUGCUGCGAGUGCUGCCCCCAGUCUCCGGAGGCUACAGGACGGCACUGCAGACUUUUGAGCUCGAUGGCUACCAGAUCCCCAAGGGCUGGAGCGUCAUGUACAGCAUCCGUGACACCCAUGAGACAGCAGCUGUGUACCAGAGCGCCCCCGGCAGCUUUGACCCCGAGCGCUUCGGCGCCGGCCGGCCGGAGGCUGCGGGCCGCUUCCACUACAUCCCCUUCGGCGGAGGGGCCCGCAGCUGCAUCGGGAAGGAGCUGGCCCAGGCCAUCCUCAAGCUGCUGGCCAUCGAGCUGGUCAGCACGGCCCGCUGGGAGCUGGCCAGCCCUGGCUACCCCCGCAUGCAGACCGUGCCCAUCGUGCACCCUGUCAAUGAUGGGCUGCAGCUCUACUUCCACCCCCUGCAGCCCAGCCGAGGCCACGAGGCCUGA